AUGUCUAAUUAUAACGAAGUUCAACCAACAAAACUCGAUCAAAAUAAGUUGAAAAAGAGAAAUAAAAAGAAGGGUAAAAAUAGUUUAGGUUUUAAUCCAAAUGCCCUGCCUGUUGGUGGUGCUUCAUCAAGACAAUUUGGAGCUUAUUCAAAAUCAAUUAAAAGUAGUCAAGAUGAUCAAAAUGAAUAUAAUGAAAAUGGAGGUUAUUAUGAGGAUAGUACUAAUAAUGGUAACGACCAAUUGCCAGAGGAAGAGCCAAAUGAAGAAGCUCUCAAAUCAGCUCAAGACUUCGUGGAACGGAGUCUUGCAAAAGCUGAAAAAUUGACAGCCGCAAAGUAUCAGGAGUGUGACAAACAAAUUAAACAAAUCUUACAUAUGGCAAGAGAUGAAGGAAAAAUAAAUAUUAAUGACUGGAUUCACCAAAGGGUACCAUUACUUGAUGGUGGUUGUCCAUUUGAGUUGGAGUGUGAUCGAAUAAAAAAUAAAAAAUCUAAUCAGAACGCAAAACGUAAUCAAGGUGCUUCACUGGAUAGUAGAGGUGAUCCAACUCCAACCAGCUCAAAUGGUUUUAGUCCAAUGCCACAUGUUCCUCGAGCAAAUGGAUCAGGAUUACCACUAAAAUCUCAGCAAAAUGUUCCACUCCAAAAUGAUGUACAACAAACACACCAACGACAACCGACUCACGAACAAUCAGCUUAUCAGCCACAAGUGAAUCAGUCUGUAUCUCAAUCAGGGCAGUAUCAACCAAUAUAUCAAUAUUCGCAGCUACAGGCGCAACCAGAUGAUUAUCAAGCAAAUCUGUUUCAACCAUCGCCUAAUCCUAAUCAACAUUCUAGUCAAUUUCAAAGUACACCUUCGUACUAUCAACGACAACCAAGUCAAUAUCAACCACCAAUACAAUCAAGUCAAUUUAGUACCCCACAAUUUUCAUCUUAUACAUCAAAAGCUCCAACUCAAAACUUUUCACCAUCUUCGGUACCUCCUCCUCCAGCAUAUUCACCUUCUAGUGAUCCUUCUCCGUUAUAUAGGUCACCUUUGCAUCAGUCUCCAAUGCAUCAAGCAUCUGGAAUACCAUUGCAUGUUAGUGCAAAUCCCUCAUCUUAUUCAGCUCCAUUUGUACAAAGAUAUAGUGCAUCUCCACCUCCGCCUCCACCAAUUACUAAUUCUUUCUCUGGAGAGAAAAGAAGUGGAUAUGGUGAUUAUGAUUCUAUUGAUAGAAAGAAACAAAGAUUGGCAAGGUUUGAAACAAAUCAAACUAAUACUAACCAAACUGAAAGAAAGAAUUCCACAAACUCUAAUGGAGUUAUAAUUGGGAAAUCUAAAGAUUUAGAGAAAAACUAUCUUCGUUUGACAGCAGCACCGGAUCCAAUGAAAGUUAGAUCCCAACCAGUUUUGGAAAAAAGUUUAAAAUAUGUUUUUAAAAAAUUUGAAGAUCAAGUAGGUAAAAUAGAUGCUCAAAAGAAUUAUAGUUAUAUCAUAAACCAGUUAAAAUCCAUACGUCAAGAUUUAACUGUUCAACAUAUAAAAAAUGAUUUUGCAAUUGUUGUUUAUUCAAAAAAUGCGAUUGUAUCUUUGGAAAAUUAUGAUUUGGGAGAAUUUAAUCAAUGUCAAACUCAAUUGAAACAUUUAUAUAAAUUAAGAAGAAAUCAAGAUGCCACAUUCAAAAGAAAAUUUCAAAGAGAAGAAGUUGAAUUACAAGUUUUUAAAUUAAUUUAUAUGAUGAUUACUAAAAAUGAGUCUGAAAUUGUUAAAAUAAGAUUACAAUGGAUCACUGAAUUCUCUAAAUUUCAUAAAAAUCCAAAAGAAGAAAAAUUUAUUAAAUUAGUGUUUUCUUUAUAUAGAGCAAAUGAUUUUAUAUUAAAUGGGAAUCAUUAUCGUUUUUUUCAGGAGUUACAUAGAUAUCAAGAUGAUGAAGAUUUUAAAUUACCAUUUAAAAUCAUGCACAAUUAUUUGUAUAAAAAUGUUAGAAUCAAAUAUUUAGAUAUAUUAACUCAAUGUUAUAAAGAACUUCCAAUUCAAUUUCUUUUUGAAAGUUUAGAUUUUGAUACUAUGGAAGAUUGUGAAGCAUUUUUGUUUAAUGAAUUGAAAUUAACAAAACCCGAAGGUGAUUCAAUCGAUUCAAAAAUUGCUAAAACUGAUUUAGAGCCAUUGAUUGCCAAAAUCAGUAAAGUAGAUAUAAAAGGUCAGAUUUAA